AUGAAGCUUGUUAUUUUAUUUUUAAGAUGUACUCGCCUUAAAGAAAAGUUUCCUUUUAUUGAUGAACCUCUUUCAGAAGAAGAAAAGGAAUUUCCACUUGCUUAUGGCAUUCUUGUGUAUAAAUCGGCUUUCCAAGUUUACAUGAUGAUGAGUGCUAUUUAUCAUCCGCAGAAUAUUUAUUGUGUUUCGAUUGAUGAAAAAUCAACUAAAGAAUUUAAAGAUUCAAUGUUAUUGCUUACUGACUGUUUUCCGAAUAUUUUUGUUAUGGUAGGGUUUAAUCUAGUCCAAAAAAUUAUUUUAAAGGCAAGUGUAAACCCUGUUGGUUGGUGUGAAUUUGGAGUAGCUCGUUCGCUUUAUAAUUGCUUUCGUUAUUUGACUGAACAUAAGCAUGACUGGAAAUAUUUUCAAUACCUGAGUGGAUUUGAUUUGCCUUUGAAAACAAAUUUGGAAGUAUAUUUAUUAUACAUAUUUUAUAAUGUAAAUUUCUUACAGAUGGUUCGAAUUUUUAAGCAACUAAAUAGAUCUAUCAAUAUGCAAGUUUCUUUGUAUCCGACUAACCGGCUUGGUGCAGAACUUAAGCCCCCGUUACCCUUAUGGAAGUCAAGUAUGUCUUCUUUGUUUCCCCGUGAAGCAGCUAAUGUUAUGGUCUCCAGUUCUAAAGUGCAUGAAUUGCUGAGAUUCUUGGAACAGACAAUUUGUUCUGAUGAAACUGUCUGGACUACUGUUGCAGGAAAUCCACAAGAAUUAAAAAUUCCCGGAGGAUUUAACGCUGCAGCUUUCCAUUUCGAGAGAACGGAGUGUGUUAAACAUAAAAAAGGAAAUAUUACAGCAAUCAUUGAACAGGAAGUGAAAGCAAUGGCUGAAAGACAUCCAAACGAGCCUUUUCUCCCUGAUAAUUAUUAUAUCUCUCGUUAUCAAGUUUGGGAUGUAGCUACUUUACAUAAAUGUUACUCACAGCGUUAUAGACUCGAGUCAUGUGUUUUUGGCAUUAAGGAUAUUCCUUAUUUGCUUAAACGACCAGAACUUGUACAACACAAAAUGUAUUUGAGUUUUCAACCUGCAGGUUCCCGAUAUUAA